AUGAACGGUGAAAGAAAAGAAUUCAACAAAUAUUGUGGUCUUAUAAUGUUCGAACCGCCUUCUCAACCAUUAAAUCAAUCUAUUUCUGCUGGCUGCUUAAAGAUAAAGAAUGAAAAACGUCCACCUCGUCCUCCUAAUGCUUUUAUCUUAUAUAGAAGAGAAAAGCAACCGGCUAUCCUCGCUACAAAUCGGCAUAUGACCAAUGCUGAGAUUUCUAGAUAUAUUGCAAACUUAUGGAAGAAUGAAUCCAACGAAACUCGUCUCAUGUGGGAAAGAUACGCCGAUCAACAAAAGCUUAACCACAUGAAAGCAUAUCCGAAUUAUGUUUAUCGUCCAAAUAAAUCUAGAAAUGAAAAACGUCGACAACAAAGAAGGAAACAACGUAAAGCGACAGCGGGAUCUAAUAAUAAUAAUAACGAUGAUGAUGUUGACGAUACAUCUGCCGGUUCUAACAUUACGACUCCUGACAUUUCUACUCCAAUUCCGCUGUUUCUAUGA